AUGGAAACCAGGACUGAGUCUCCAAGAGGCCAGAGAUUCGUGUCACCAACGCCGAUUGUGAAGCAGAGACCGACGUACGAGCAGCGGCUUCUUGAGCUCCUAGAGGAAGUCUCCGAUCUGAAACGCGAGGUCAUGUUCUACCGGGCAAUACAAGAUUCCACCGAAGAUAUCAUACAGGGUUUACAUGGUGUCACACAGGAGAUGAUCUUGAACUAUUAUAUUCGUCCUAAUGGUCAAGGUGAGGGUGAUACAGCAUGGUUAGAGUGCGCUGAGAAAGUCAGUGCAAGCACGAUGCGUCAUGCGCAACGAAUCAAGCAAGCUGAAGUGGAAUGGAAGGACAAGCAGGAGUGUAGAUCAAGAUUGCAAGUUCGUUCGUUAUCAAGCGGUUUAUACUGA